UUCCGAAAAUAAUAGAUGGAUGUCAAUUUUUAUCUUAGGAACUAGGAUUACUGAGACCUUAAACUGAACAAUUUUUAGAAUUCUUUGUUUCAGGUACAUAAGUGUUGACUGCGCUUUGCUUGGGCACCUUCUUUUAUUUAGAGAAUGUAAAUAAGAUAAACCAACCAAGUAUCUUUCCUUACAAGAAUAUUUUUUGGAGUUUGCAUCUUUUUUCCAAAUGUUAACCUCUUCUCAAACUAUUAUAGUUUACCAAAAUUUUCAUUGUUGAAAUAACUGUGAUAAUACAAAAUGUGAUGUAAAUGUUAUUUUAUGGCAAAAAAACUGCUCCUCGAACAUUUUCCCAAGUACUUUGUUGCAUAGAACACACAUAGUAGUACUUCUCGCUUGAAGAAUAUCACGAUGGACAAAGCAGACCAGAAACAAAAAAAUUCAAAACGCCACGGCACAACUGAUAGUCACAACACCCGGCACAGUGUAAAUUCUAGUUCUGGGGUUUUAAUGGUAGGCCCAAACUUUCGCGUAGGUAAGAAAAUUGGCUGUGGUAAUUUCGGUGAACUCCGGCUAGGAAAAAACUUGUACAAUAACGAACAUGUCGCCAUAAAAAUGGAGCCCAUGAAGUCCAAAGCACCCCAGUUGCAUUUGGAGUAUAGAUUCUACAAACUGCUGGGCAGUCACGAAGGGGUACCAGAUGUAUAUUAUUUCGGGCCUUGUGGAAAGUAUAACGCAUUAGUCAUGGAGUUGUUGGGGCCAAGCCUGGAAGACUUAUUUGACAUUUGUGAUCGAAAAUUCUCGCUCAAGACUGUCCUGAUGAUCGCAAUACAACUAUUACACCGCAUAGAAUAUGUUCAUUCUAGGCACCUUAUUUACAGAGACGUUAAGCCCGAGAACUUUCUUAUUGGACGUAGCAGCACUAAAAGAGAGAAAAUUAUCCAUAUUAUUGACUUUGGGCUAGCCAAGGAAUAUAUCGAACUUGAAACUAAUAAGCAUAUUCCUUAUAGAGAACACAAAUCAUUGACUGGCACUGCUCGGUAUAUGUCAAUAAACACACACUUAGGCAAAGAACAAUCCAGAAGAGAUGAUCUCGAGGCACUUGGCCACAUGUUCAUGUACUUUCUCAGAGGUUCCUUGCCCUGGCAAGGGCUGAAAGCAGACACCUUGAAGGAGCGCUACCAAAAAAUCGGGGAUACAAAACGGGCUACUCCCAUAGACACUCUUUGCGAAGGCCACCCUGAGGAGAUGACGACAUACUUGAGAUACGUCAGAAGACUGGACUUUUUCGAAACCCCCGACUAUGAAUAUUUGAGAAACCUUUUCAUUUCUUUGUUCAACAAGAAAAAUUACACUGACGAUGGAGAGUUUGACUGGUCGGGUAAGACGAUGACUACUCCCGUAGGAUCUCUUCAAACGAAUGCUCACGAGGUGAUCGUCUCGCCGAACAGGGAUCGACAUGCAAUAGCCAAGAACAAAACAAAUGUCUGGCCCGAGGCUUCGAAGCAAAGCACUUUGGGCAACCUGACCCCGGCCGAUCGACACGGGUCCGUCCAAGUAGUUAGCUCAACCAACGGAGAACUGAAUACGGACGACCCCACCGCCGGACACAGCAAUACUCCCAUCACACAACCGCACGAAGUAGAAAUGGUGGACGAGACCAAGUGCUGCGGCUUCUUCAAGAGAAAGAAGAAGAAAAACAUCCGUUCAAAAUGACUGCAGUACAGCGAGACAGAUCAGCAGCUGGUACUACUGCCGUGCGGUCGUAGCAGUGCUGCCACUUUCAAGUGACUAGUGUGACGACCAAUGUCGAACUAAUCUUUUAGCUUUAGUUUAGCCCUUAUUAAAAGUAAGUUUAAGUCGUACCAUAUCUGUGAGUGUCUAAAUGAGCCUUACUCGUUUUGCAGAGUACUGAUGAUCAACUUGAGGGGUAUACUUUGUGCAACUCUGUUUGAUAUUUGCGCUUAGUCUUGCAUCAGUUUCGAUUGGAUGACUCUCAACAUAAAGGGCUUUUUUUUGUAAACUCUGUAAAGUGAUGAAAUCAGUUGAUACUUGAUGAAAGUGUUUAAUAGACUUGAUUGUGAGAAUUUUGUUAAACUGUUUACAAAAGUGCAAUAUGUUUCACUAUAUUUAUUCAUUCAUAUCAUACUUUGGUAUACUGGAUAUAUGUGUUAUAUCAUAGUAAAGCAAAAACAAAAUAAAACUACAGAACUUUACAAGAAAAAUGAUAAUACUUUUUUGUCCAAAAUUAUCAUCUCAUUUACAAAGUGGUCUACAAUUAUGAAAAGUUAUAAAUAUAUUCACAAUAAAAAAUACAGAUGUAAAUAUGUAAAAUAAAGGUUCAUCACAGAAAAUUGAACAGAAAUAACAUCGGUCACUAUAAGUAAUGUUUGACAUUCUUUCCGAAAUGGUCAAUUUAUGGAUACAUUAAUCCUGUUACUUGAUGGAAAAAUUAAUAACACUAUCCAUGAUAAUAAUAUAUAAUUUCCAUAUUAAUAAAUUCAAUCAAGACACAUUUCACUACACGGUAGCUUCAUCAGUUGAACUGGUGUCCAACUGAUGGUGAUUGGAAAGUGAUAGAUAACUAAGUCAUAUUGAGCUUUAUUUUUAUGUACUAGAUUUAUAAGAUAAAAAACUAAUGGGGCAGAAUUUAUGGAAUACUUUUGAUCAUACUUAGAAAAUUUAUCAAUGGCAUGGUAAUCAAAAAAAGCUUUGUUGCUAUCAAGAACCUGCUAGAAGUCAAGAGACAGUAUCGUGUAAAAAAUCAUCAUGACUACAUUUGCAAGUUUAUAUUCUUCACCUUUGUAUGAAAAACUUCCUUGACUCGAUUUUCCUAAUAACGACAAUUUGUUGUAACAGUUUAUUGCAUCUGAAAUGAUCCGUUCUAUGCGAGAUUACCAUGAUGCUUGUCUCUAAGGUAAUUAUUCUAAUUUUUGUUGAAUAUAUUGAUAUUUUCAUGUGUAAAAAGUGACACAUUUCGAAAUAUAUAUGGAAAGUGAAGUCAAGAAUCUCAACCUUGAGAAAAUUGGUCUGAAAUCAUUUCAAAAAUCCAUGCGAAAUAUCAAUCUCAUUAGUCUGUUCUGAGCAAAAAAUAACAUGGGAACCCCCUAGCACAAACCUAUAUUGCGAUUUUCAAGCAGAUGUGGGUGUAAACCAUAGAGAAGUAGACUUUUUUCAAUUGUUUCAUUGAGCUUCAUGCAGACUUUUUGAAUGGAACAACUCCAGUUUAGAUUUUCGUUCAAGGACGUUCUUUGGAUGAGCAUUCAUUGUGCAUAUAUUUCACUAACGCUUCUUCAGGCGAAUUGAACUCAUCUAAAGAAGUUACUAUAGAAAAACACAUUUUGCAAUUUUGUGAACUUUCUAGUUGAAAUCUCACAACUAAGUGUAUCAAAUACGUUUUAAAAUUUCAUUGAUGACCAGUUGAUUAUUUGAGAUUGCAAUAAACAAUUACAU